AUGGCAGAUGCCGAACUGACUCGCUUGGUGCAAGCGGUGGAAGCCGCCCAGCUGGCCUCCCGAGCCCUGACAGAUGAGGACGUCGCCGCUUUGGACCGGGCACGCUCCACGGUCGGAUCCACCGCGGCUGAGAUCACGAGCGCAGCUCGACUGGAGCUCCGCAGCUUGGCUCACCGGCUCUGGGCCGCCGUGGCACAGGGCCUCGCGACAUCGAAAGAAGGUGCCAAGUGUCGCAGCUUGGCAUGUGAGCUCUUCGUCGGGAGCUUCGUGUCGGAGACCAUGCCAACGAAGGAUGCGGCCUCUUUGGCGGUGCACUGGGCCUUCGCGGGGCGUGCCUGGAUGCUGGCGGAGGAGCCUCAAUCUGCACAGGACUGCUUCACCGAAAGUGCCAAGCAGUGGAAGCUCCAGCCGCAGAGGUUGGCACCAAUGGCUACCCAGACCUUCAUUUGGGCUGCUGAAGCCCAUUUCAGCCAAGCGGCCUACAGUGAAGCCUUCUCCAGCCUGGUCCAAGCACGUGAACUCAUUGGCGAAUUGAUCUCCAGAAUGCCCAAAGAGCAGCAGGAGGCAGUGUUGAACAACUUCCUGGGCACCUGCUAUGAGCAGGCAUUGUCACAUCGAGUGGCCGGGAAUGCAGCCCAGGCGAGCGACUUGCUCAACUUGGCGCUCGGGGCUGCAGGCACUGUUGCAGCCUCUUCCAGAUGCAGGUUGUUGCGUGCCUUAGCCCGACUGGGCCCCUGUGACAACGGGCUCGUCCAUGCCAAGCAGGCCUUGGCUUUGUCCCCCAACUCCAAGGAGCGUGUUCUCAGCUUUCAGGUGAUCCUGGAGCUCGUAGUGGGCGAGGGAAAGCCACCGGAGAGGCCCGUGGACCCCAAGCUGGCUCAAGAGGCGCAUACAGCCGCAGUGGGCUUGGCGAAGGAGCAGAGCCCUCGGAGUGUCGGAGACUGGGCCCUUGGCGAAAACGCUUCUUUGAUCAACGAGGCAUACAUGCAGUUCAGGGCAGGUUUAGAGCUCAUGCGGAACAGCAUCUUCCUUCUAAGCUCUUCCUUCUGGGCCAUCGGGUCAAGAGGGCAGGCGUGGUCGACGGACAUGACCGACGCGGCGUCACGUCACGCGGGUGGUGACGGGGAAGCAGGGCCUCAGGGGCCUGCGAUGAGAGGGGUGUUCCUCCUGCUGCAGGUGUCACUGAUCUUCGGCGACGUGGAGCUCCCGCCACGUGAUGAUGAGUGUGUGGAGAAAGAGUCCUGCGCUUUGAAUGCUCUGCAGCGAGCUGGGAGAAGGAAGACUUUACCUUCAGAGGAGCCUGCACUGCUGCAGGAGCAGGAGUUGAGCAGUUCGGAGGCCAACAUCUCCUGGCAAGGUGUUCGAGAGACGGGCACCUCCUGCAUGUGGACGAACUGUGACGAGGUUGCUUUGGGUCCUACGACCUGCCAUCACUGGAGAUGUAUUUGUAAGGAGGGCUACUACUACAACAAGGAAGCUUCGAAAUGCACCGCUGAGCCGACCGAUCUGGGCGACCUGGACACGGGCGGCAAAUGUCGCUGGACGAACUGCAAUCCAUCCAGGGGACUGACGCGAUGCGUCUCCUACAAGUGCCUUUGCCUGGCGGGCUACAGGGCCCACGAAGGCAAAUGCAUCCCCAAAGAGGGCAUGCGCCAAACGCCGGAGACGGGCAUCGCCUGCGGUUCGCCGAGCAUCAACGACCUGUGCUGGAAGGCCGUGGACUGGGCGAUGUACGAUGGGAUCUAUGCCGACCCGAAGGAAUAUCCGGGCCUUCACGCAGGCGCGAGCAGCUUUGAUGAGUUCCAGUUGUUCAUCAACAAGAUUGACCCUGUCACCUGCCCGAAGCCUUGCCCCACGAUGUACGAGACCUUCUCCUCUCCUCGACUGCUGGAUCCAUCGUACCAUCCUGUCAAAGGCGUCUCCUAUGGGCCAGCGCCUGUGAAGAAGCCUGGGUCACCGCUCAACAACGACGACUUCAUGGCCGAUAUCACUGGGGCGAUGUGGGCGGAUUGGGGUCGAGGGGACUUGCAGCUGAUCAAGGAUAUGGGAGGCAACACGAUCCGUAUGUAUGGUAAUGAUGCCAAUACCAGCCAUCGGUCAUUCUUGGACCUCGCGUACAAGAAGGGGAUCGACGUCAUUGCAGGAAUGAGCGACUUUGGCUUCACUCAGGGUCCCGACAACUGCUUGAUCAACGAUUGGUACUGCUUCGAUGAGGCAUAUUUCUUUUACCACAAAAACUUGCUGAUGGGAUUUGCUAUCGACGACUUUAAGCGUUACCAUCCGGCGCUCAAGGCGUUGAUCUUGGCGAAUGAACCGGACCUCAAGGUGCAUCCGCGCUCGUUGACCUGCCGGGCCAUGGCCUCGGUCUUCGACGCCAUCCUCCAAGCGGAAAAAGAUGUGGGAGUCACUGGAAACCCGAUUGCGCUCACAAUCACGUGGUCAUUUGCCCUCUUUCCCGAUGCGCAGGUACACCCCAACGCACCUGCUUUGGGACAGAUGGAAGAGUUUUGGAAGUGCUUGCAACAGGGAACUGAUCGACCUCCCAUCAACUACAAGCCCAAGAAUGACUUGGUGAAGGCCUUCAGAGAGAGAUUUGUCCACAGCUUCAACACCGCCAACAAAGCAGAGGAGGUGGCUCGGAUGAUGCUGGACAAGUACGUCCACAGCAGUUUUUGGACUCACGAGCUGAAAGUGCCCGUCUUCAUUGGGGAGUAUCACAGCGUGCAUGGCGACAUGAUGCGCGAUCUCUCUACGGCCAUCUCGAUGGCCAAAUCCUCCCGAUAUCCCUUCUUCAUGGGCUACUCCUUCUUCGAGUUCUCCCGGAGCUAUUGGAAGGGCGGCCCAGAGAUGGAAUUUGGGAUGUUUGGUUAUGGGGAUUGCCCCUUGAUGGACAUGAACUAUACCGGCUUAACCUACACGAUUUGGAACUUGAUUCCGCUGAAGGAUCGGCACCACAGCGACUUGCCGGCGGCGCUGAAGAAGGCCUUUUUGAAGGAACACUCGAUCGUUAUGCCCCGGUGGCGGUAUUUCUCCAGGAUCCGGGCCUGCCGAAGUUGCUGUCGCACCCUCAUAUUACUUGCAAAGGCUCUACCAAGGGCCUCCCUUGAGGAGCCAAGAGGAUGA